UUCGAUAUCCUAGGAAAAAAUGGCGUGCAGUGCUAUCUGAGACCAUGGAUGUUCUACAAGAACUGUGAUACAUUAAACACUACUCUGAAAUUGACGCACUUCGCAAGCCAUCCAGAUGGUGAUCAUGUCAGGCACAGCCACUGUGCUGCAACAGUUUGUCAGUGGGCUGAAGAGUCGAAAUGAAGACACCAGGGCGAAAUCUGCCAAAGAUCUGCAGCACUAUGUGACCACAGAGCUCCGAGAGUUGAGCCAAGAUGAAGCUACUACCUUUUAUGAUGAGUUAAACCACCACAUAUUUGAGCUGGUAUCCAGCUCUGAUGUAAAUGAAAAGAAAGGAGGGAUUCUCGCCAUCGUGAGUCUGAUUGGAGUGGAGGGAGGCAAUGCCACAAGGAUCAGCCGCUUUGCCAACUACCUGCGCAACCUGCUCCCCUCCAGCGACCCUGUGGUGAUGGAGAUGGCCUCCAAAGCUAUGGGCCACCUGUCUAUGGCAGGGGACACCUUCACUGCAGAGUAUGUGGAGUUUGAGGUGAAGAGGGCCCUGGAGUGGCUGGGAGCAGACAGAAAUGAAGGCAGACGUCAUGCUGCAGUGUUGGUGUUGAGGGAGCUGGCUGUGAGUGCACCAACUUUCUUCUUUCAGCAAGUGCAGCCCUUCUUCGACAACAUCUUCUACGCAGUGUGGGACCCUAAGCAGGCGAUCCGUGAAGGGGCCGUAUCUGCACUGCGAGCCUCUCUCAUCCUCACCACGCAGAGGGAGACCAAGGAAAUGCAGAAACCCCAGUGGUAUAAACAAACGUUUGAGGAGGCAGAGAAAGGCUUCGAUGAGACUUUGGCCAAAGAGAAAGGGAUGAAUCGUGACGACAGGGUCCACGGAGCUCUUCUGAUCCUGAAUGAGCUGGUUCGCAUCAGCAGCAUGGAGGGAGAGCGCAUGCGUGAGGAGAUGGAGGAGAUCACGCAGCAGCAGUUGGUCCAUGAUAAGUACUGCAAGGAGCUGAUGGGUUUUGGAGCCAAGCCCCGACACAUCACCCCCUUCACCAGCUUCCAGUCAGUGCAGCCACAGCAGUCCAACGCCCUCCUGGGCCUCCUGGGCUACAGCACGCCUCAGGGCUUCCUCAGCUUCGGAGCCACACCCGCACCAGCCAAGAGCCUGCUGGUGGAGAGUCGAUACUGCCGCGAGCUGAUGGAGGAACGAUUCGACCAGGUGUGUCGCUGGGUGCUGAAAUACAGGACCAGUAAAAACCCUCUGAUCCAGAUGACCAUCCUCAACCUGCUUCCACGUCUGGCUGCCUUCCAGCCUCAUACCUUCACAGACCAGUACCUGUCUGACACCAUGGGCUACCUGCUGGCCUGUCUGAAGAAGGAGAAGGAGAGGACAGCAGCUUUCCAGGCUUUGGGGCUGCUGGUGGUGGCCGUCAGGGCAGAAAUCCAGCCGUAUCUCACAAAGAUCCUUGAAAUCAUCAAGGCUGCCCUGCCACCCAAAGACUUUGCACACAAGAGGCAGAAGACCAUGCAGGUGGAUGCCACAGUGUUCACCUGUAUCAGCAUGCUCUCCAGAGCCAUGGGUCCCAGCAUCCAACCAGACAUCAAAGAGCUGCUGGAGCCUAUGCUGGCUGUGGGCCUCAGUCCUGCACUGACCGCAGUGCUGUACGACCUGAGCCGCCAAAUCCCCCAGUUGAAGAAGGACAUCCAGGACGGUCUGCUGAAGAUGCUUUCCCUGGUAUUGAUGCACAAGCCGCUGCGUCACCCCGGCAUGCCCAAAGGACUGGCUCACCAGCUGGCCUCGCCGAGCCUUACAAACAUCCCAGAGGCCAGCGACGUAGGCAGCAUCACACUGGCCCUACGCACACUGGGAAGCUUCGAGUUUGAAGGACACUCCCUCACCCAGUUUGUGCGCCACUGUGCCGAUCACUUCCUGAACAGCGAACACAAGGAAAUCCGGAUGGAGGCAGCUCGUACCUGCUCCCGCCUCCUCACCCCCUCCAUCCACCUGAUCAGCGGUCACGUUGUCAGCCAGACCGCUGUGCAGGUCGUUGCAGACGUGCUCAGCAAGCUGCUGGUUGUUGGCAUCACCGACCCAGAUCCAGACAUUCGAUACUGCGUGCUGGCGUCUCUUGAUGAGCGUUUCGAUGCUCACCUCGCCCAGGCUGAGAACUUGCAGGCGCUGUUUGUUGCACUGAACGAUGAGGUGUUUGAGAUCAGAGAGCUGGCCAUCUGCACAAUCGGACGCCUCAGCAGCAUGAACCCUGCCUUUGUUAUGCCCUUCCUACGCAAGAUGCUCAUCCAGAUCUUAACAGAGUUGGAGCACAGUGGUGUCGGCAGGAACAAAGAGCAGAGCGCUCGUAUGCUCGGCCAUCUAGUCUCCAACGCUCCCCGCCUCAUACGCCCAUAUAUGGAGCCCAUCCUAAAGGCUCUCAUCCUCAAGCUGAAAGACCCAGACCCCAACCCUGGAGUGGUCAUUAGUGUGCUUGCAACCAUUGGCGAAUUGGCCCAGGUGAGUGGCCUGGAGAUGAGGAAGUGGAUGGACGAGCUUUUUCCAAUCAUCAUGGACAUGCUGCAGGACUCCUCCUCAUUGGCCAAACGACAGGUGGCGCUGUGGACACUGGGCCAGCAGGUGGCUAGCACAGGUUAUGUGGUGGAGCCUUACCGCAAGUACCCCUCCCUUCUGGAAGUGCUGCUCAACUUCCUCAAGACGGAACAAAACCAGGGCAUCAGGAGAGAGGCUAUUCGUGUACUGGGUCUUCUCGGAGCUCUGGACCCCUACAAGCACAAGGUGAACAUCGGCAUGAUCGACCAGUCCCGAGAUGCCUCCGCAGUCAGCCUCUCUGAGUCCAAGUCCAGCCAGGAUUCAGCGGACUACAGCACCAGUGAGAUGCUAGUGAACAUGGGCAACCUGCCCCUGGAUGAGUUCUACCCUGCCGUGGCAAUCGUCACUCUGAUGCGCAUCCUGAGAGACCCUUCACUCUCCAACCACCACACUAUGGUGGUCCAGGCUGUCACCUUCAUCUUUAAGUCUCUGGGCCUCAAGUGUGUGCAGUUCCUGCCCCAAGUCAUGCCCACUUUCCUCAACGUCAUCCGGGUCUGUGACGCCAGCAUCCGAGAGUUCCUCUUCCAGCAGAUGGGAAUGGUGGUGUGCUUUGUGAAGAUCCACAUCCGGCCCUACAUGGACGACAUCUUCACCCUCAUCAGAGAGUACUGGACACCAAACAACCCCAUGCAGAACACCAUCAUCCUUCUAAUCGAGCAAAUUGUGGUGGCGUUGGGUGGAGAGUUCAAGCUCUACCUGCCGCAGCUGAUCCCACACAUGUUGCGUGUCUUCAUGCACGACAACAGCACCGGGCGCAGUGUUACCAUCAAGAUGCUCAACGCCAUCCAGCUGUUUGGUGCCAACCUAGACGACUACCUGCACUUGCUGCUGCCUCCAAUUGUCAAGCUCUUUGAUGCCUCUGAUGUGCCCCUGCAGGCCCGCAAGGUUGCCUUGGAGACGCUGGACAGGCUGACAGAGUCCCUGGACUUCACCGACUACGCUUCACGCAUCAUCCACCCGAUUGUUCGGACACUUGACAGCACACCCGAGCUGCGUUCCACCUCUAUGGACACCUUGUCUUCGCUAGUGUUCCAGUUGGGAAAAAAGUACCAGAUUUUCAUCCCCAUGGUGAACAAAGUGAUGCUGAAGCACAGGAUCAACCACCAGCGUUAUGACAUACUCAUAUGUCGCAUUGUUAAGGGCUAUACUCUGGCUGAGGAGGAAGAGGACUCUCUAAUCUUCCAACAUCGACAGCUUCGCGGUAACAAAGGCGACGCUCUGGUCAGCGGGCCGGUGGAGGCGGGGCCUAUGAAGAAGCUUCACGUCAGCACGACCGCACUUCAGAAGGCUUGGGGUGCAGCCAGGAAGGUGUCCAAAGAUGACUGGCUGGAGUGGCUGAGGCGCUUGAGUGUGGUCCUACUCAAGGAGUCGUCCUCCCCAGCCCUGAGAUCAUGCUGGUCACUGGCCCAAACCUACAUCCCCCUCGCCAGGGACCUGUUCAACGCGGCCUUCCUGUCCUGUUGGUCGGAGCUGAGUGAGGACCAGCAGGAUGAGCUCAUCCGCAGCAUCGAGUUAGCUCUCACCUCCCAGGACAUCGCUGAGGUCACACAGACUCUGCUCAACCUGGCAGAGUUCAUGGAGCACAGUGACAAGGGCCCUCUGCCUCUCAGAGAUGAUAAUGGCAUUGUGCUGCUUGGAGAGAGAGCUGCCAAGUGUCGUGCCUAUGCCAAGGCUUUGCACUACAAAGAGCUGGAAUUUCAGAAAGGCGCUUCUCCUCUCAUCCUGGAGUCUCUUAUCAGCAUCAACAAUAAGCUGCAGCAGCCAGAAGCUGCAUCUGGGGUUCUGGAGUACGCCAUGAAGCAUUUUGGUGAACUGGAAAUCCAAGCCACCUGGUAUGAGAAGCUGCAUGAGUGGGAGGAUGCCUUGGUUGCUUACGACAAGAAGAUUGACAUGAACAAAGAGGAUCCAGAGCUCAUCCUGGGCAGAAUGCGCUGCUUAGAGGCCCUGGGAGAAUGGGGCCAGUUGCACCAGCAGUGCUGUGAGGAGUGGACUCUCGUUAGCGAGGAAACCCAGGCCAAGAUGGCUCGUAUGGCUGCUGCAGCCGCCUGGGGUCUAGGGCACUGGGACAGCAUGGAGGAGUACACGUGCAUGAUCCCAAGAGACACACAUGAUGGUGCUUUUUAUAGAGCGGUGCUAGCUCUGCAUCAGGACCUCUUCUCAUUGGCCCAGCAGUGUAUUGACAAAGCAAGAGACCUCCUGGAUGCUGAGCUGACGGCCAUGGCUGGAGAGAGCUACAGUCGAGCCUACGGGGCCAUGGUGUCUUGCCAGAUGCUGUCCGAGCUCGAGGAGGUGAUCCAGUAUAAGCUGGUGCCAGAGAGGAGGGACAUCAUUAGGGAAACAUGGUGGGAGAGGCUUCAGGGUUGUCAGCGUAUCGUGGAGGACUGGCAGAGGAUCCUGAUGGUCAGAUCGCUUGUCAUCAGCCCCCACGAGGACAUGAGGACCUGGCUGAAAUACGCCAGUCUGUGUGGCAAGAGCGGACGCCUGGCUCUGGCCCAUAAGACCUUGGUGCUCCUUCUGGGCGUCGACCCCUCCAAACAGCUGGAUCACCCGCUGCCCACAGCCCACCCGCACGUCACCUACGCUUAUAUGAAGUACAUGUGGAAGAGUGCCCGCAAGAUUGAUGCCUUCCAGCACAUGCAGCACUUUGUGCAAGGGAUGCAGCAGCAGGCCCAGCACGCCAUCGCAGCCGAGGACCAACAGCACAAGCAGGAGCUCCACAAACUGAUGGCCAGAUGUUUCCUGAAGCUGGGGGAGUGGCAGCUCAGCCUGCAGGGCAUCAACGAGAGCACAAUCCCCAAAGUCCUGCAGUAUUACAGCCAUUCCACUGAGCAUGACCGCAACUGGUACAAGGCCUGGCAUGCCUGGGCGGUGAUGAACUUUGAGGCAGUGCUGCACUACAAACACCAAAACCAAGGACGCGACGAGAAGAAGAAGCUGCGACACGCUAGCGGUGCCAGCGCUAACAGCGAAGCCAGCAAUAGCGACAGCGAGGUGGACAGCACUGACCACAGUCCUGUGCCGUCACCAGGCCAGAAAAAGGUCAACGAGCAUCCGUGGUGUGCUGUCCCUCCACAGGACCUCUCCAAGACGUUGCUCCUGUACACCGUUCCUGCUGUUCAAGGCUUCUUCCGCUCCAUCUCCCUGUCCAGAGGCAACAACCUGCAGGACACACUCAGGGUUCUGACUCUGUGGUUUGACUACGGUCAUUGGCCUGAAGUGAAUGAAGCCCUGGUGGAGGGUAUCAAGACCAUUCAGAUAGACACCUGGCUACAGGUGAUCCCUCAGCUCAUAGCUCGAAUCGACACUCCCCGAGCCUUGGUGGGUCGCCUCAUCCACCAGCUGCUAACAGACAUUGGACGGUAUCAUCCCCAGGCUUUGAUCUACCCGCUGACCGUGGCCUCCAAGUCGACCACCACAGCCCGCCACAAUGCCGCCAACAAGAUCCUGAAGAACAUGUGUGAACACUGCAACACUCUGGUUCAGCAGGCCAUCAUGGUGAGUGAGGAGCUUAUCCGAGUGGCCAUCCUGUGGCACGAGAUGUGGCAUGAGGGCCUUGAAGAGGCGUCCCGUCUCUACUUUGGCGAGCGCAACGUUAAGGGCAUGUUUGCAGUGCUGGAGCCUCUACAUGCCAUGAUGGAGAGGGGACCACAGACCCUGAAAGAGACCUCUUUUAACCAGGCUUACGGCAGGGACCUGAUGGAGGCUCAGGACUGGUGCAGGAAGUACAUGCGCUCUGGAAACGUGAAAGACCUGACCCAGGCCUGGGACCUCUACUACCAUGUGUUCAGACGCAUCUCCAAACAGCUGCCACAGCUGACCUCCCUGGAGCUGCAAUAUGUGUCUCCGAAGCUGCUGAUGUGCCGGGACCUGGAGCUGGCCGUACCAGGCACUUAUGACCCCAACCAGCCUAUCAUCCGCAUCCAGUCCAUCGCUCCCUCCCUGCAGGUCAUCACCUCCAAGCAGCGCCCACGCAAACUCACCAUCAUGGGCAGCAACGGCCACGAGUUCAUGUUCCUGUUGAAGGGCCAUGAGGACCUGAGGCAGGACGAGAGAGUCAUGCAGCUGUUUGGUCUGGUCAACACACUGCUGGCCAACGACCCUGCGUCCUUGCGCAAGAACCUCAGCAUUCAGCGCUACGCAGUGAUCCCACUGUCCACCAACUCGGGCUUGAUUGGUUGGGUGCCCCACUGUGACACCCUGCAUGCCCUCAUCAGAGACUACAGAGAGAAGAAAAAGAUUUUGCUCAACAUUGAACAUCGCAUCAUGCUCAGGAUGGCCCCAGACUAUGAUCACCUGACGCUGAUGGAGAAGGUGGAGGUGUUCGAGCACGCCGUCAACAACACGGCCGGAGAUGACCUGGCCAAGCUCUUGUGGCUGAAGAGUCCCAGCUCCGAGGUGUGGUUUGACAGGAGGACCAAUUACACCCGCUCCCUGGCCGUGAUGUCCAUGGUGGGCUACAUCCUCGGACUGGGUGACAGGCAUCCCUCCAACUUGAUGUUAGACCGGUUGAGUGGCAAGAUUCUCCAUAUUGACUUUGGCGACUGCUUUGAGGUCGCCAUGACCAGAGAGAAGUUUCCUGAAAAGAUCCCGUUCAGGCUGACGAGGAUGCUGACCAACGCCAUGGAGGUGACAGGCCUGGAUGGUAACUACCGGAUCACCUGCCACACGGUGAUGGAGGUGCUGAGGGAGCACCGGGACAGCGUCAUGGCUGUGCUGGAGGCCUUCGUCUACGACCCGCUGCUCAACUGGAGGCUCAUGGACACAAACACCAAAGGAAACAAGCGUUCCCGCACCAGGACUGACUCGUACACCGCCGGACAAUCAGUGGAGGCUCUGGAGGGAAUAGACCUCGGAGAGACCACACACAAGAAACCAGGGACCACAGUGCCUGAAUCCAUCCACUCCUUCAUUGGCGACGGCUUGGUACAACCUGAGGCGCUCAACAAGAAAGCCAUUCAGAUUAUCAACAGAGUGAGAGACAAACUUACAGGUCGAGACUUUUCUCAUGAUGAGACGCUGGACGUGCCAACACAAGUGGAGCUCCUCAUCAAGCAGGCCACAUCACAUGAAAACCUGUGCCAGUGCUAUAUCGGAUGGUGUCCAUUCUGGUGAAGAAGCGUCUCCGGCAGAAGUUAAACUUGACAUUUAUUCUCGCUGGUAAACCAAGAGGACCUGACUUAAAUAGGUAUCUACUGAAAAAAGUACUGAAGCCACAGUGCAAAGCCUUCGAGAAGGAUUUUGUUGUUUUUGUUGUAUAGUUAUCACAUUUUUUUAGUGGCAUGUUUUAAGAUUAUGAGAAAGAAAGUAAGAGAGACAGUUUUUACCUGAGGACCGUAAUUUAACUCAAGUGUCGUAAUUGCUUCAAAUGACUCUCCCUGCUUUUAACACCAUAAUCUCUUGCUAAAAGCUUUCUUCCGUGGCCAUAUUGUAAUAAUUUAGGUUAGUUAAAUGAACUUUAAACUGCUUAUGAAAAACUCUUAAUUUAAUAUUAUUAUUGCCUCUUUAUUAUACAUAAGCAAACAAGACCAUCAGAGAGAAGCUUGACUAUUUCUACAUAGUUAUGUUAAAUGUCUGUCAGGGUGCCACCGGAUUGGAUUCAGACAAAAUCAUGCAGGUUCACCAGAACCUCCUUUAGCUCAGACUACAGUAAAUUGGCUCCACUGCCGCCUUUGACCAGCAGUCACGGCUCCAGGAGCUUCCUGGGAGCCAACACCCACACCACACUGCUGGAAGCCAAGGCCGUUUUGCAGGGCCCGCUGGAGGGAAGUGAGCCACAGGAGAACCAGAACCAGAAGUGAGCGGGGUAGACGGUCAUAUCCAGCUGCAGUAAAAUGUUUUCUCAAGGCAAUCUGGUCUGGUGCUCUUGGAAACCCUCGCUUGGGUCCACAACACAAAAUAAAAGUUUGCUGUACAGUAGUUGCUUUAAGUUAUAGCAUUUCUUACUUCACACACUGUAUUAAAAACCCACCAGUCUGUUGUGUUAUUAUGUAUUAAUGUGACAAAUUUCAACAACAUGGUAUGCCUUGAACUAAACAUUCUUUACUUAUGACAAGCUGUAAGUAAAAUCUGAUUUGAGAUGAUCAUAAUGUACUGUAUAGGCAUAUGUGUGCCAUUAAACCCUGUACAGAUA